AUGUCCGCCGAACCCGCCGAGCGCCUCCGACGCCGCAAGGUCUUGUUCGAUAUCGAAGCCAAAGUUGAAAAGCUCCAAGAUCACCAACUGAGCGCAUCACAGCUCAAGAAUCUGAAGAUUUCCGUCCUCCCCAUGGUUUUGGAUGAGAAAUCAGACCUCAAGCCCACCUUCUUCGCCGCGUGUCCAAGCGUCCCAGAACUCGAUGAGUUUGACCUUGGAGAAUACCCCAGUGCAAAGACCGCACUGCAGUUUGAUCCAUCUGGGGAUUUUGUUCGGCCCCUUGAUCGUGCAUACGCUCUUGAAGAUUACCUGGUGCACUAUACAUGCCGUUGUGAGAAUCGAAAAUGGCUCGAGGGUACCCCAACGCCAUGGAGUGGGGGAUGUGUCGCCGAUUACCAUCCCUUCAAAAGCCUAUAUCAAUACAGUGACCCCGAGUUUGGUGCUUUAAGGUUGACGGAUAUUGCCGGCAAAGAGCAUCCCCACAUGAAGGCGGUCAUUUACAACAACAUAGAGGAGAAUGAGCAGGAAUACUUCCGUGGAGAAUUGCUGGCCAUUCUACGCCUUAUGUUUGGACAGAUGAAACAACGACGCUUUAUCCAACAUAUGAUUUCGCCGGUGUUGGUUUUCUCACUCAUGGGCAUACAACGAGCUCGAGUCAUCGAAUCGUAUUUUGAUGGCGAGAAUCUUAUCUUACGAUCGACCGGACUGUAUGAUUUCCGCGAGAAGGAUGUAAAAGGUCUAAAGGAUUUUGCAGGAUGGUGGAUCGGCAACCCGAUAGGGGACACGAUCUCGAGCACAGGCAGAGCCCAUCUCAGCAUCCAUACAGACGGCCGAAUAAUAGUAAUCGCUGCCGCUAGCGAGACACGAUACAUUGUAGGCCCAGUAACUAGGGAUCCAGGAAGCGCUGAACGAUCUGAAACCUCGCCGGGGAAGGUAUACAUAUUACAUAGCAGUACCGCAGGCACUCUCCACGUCCCUAUAGAAGGCCCGCAGAGAGUCACCGCACGUCGUCGUCCAGAUGGCUGCGAGCGUUGUGCUAUCCACAUACUGCUGCUUGGAGACGGGGGGCGCCGACAAGGAGCCGAUUGA